UUUCUUUUUUCUUUAGCAAACGACAAAAAGUAUUAAAUAUUCUAAUAUUUUCAUAUAGGAUUGUUAUUAUUAAUGACGGCAUAAUGAAUUGUUGGUGUUUUAUUACAAAGACGAAGGAAAUUAUAUUAAUAAAGUAAAAUGUUAUAUAUGUAUCUUAAAACGUUUAAUAUUUUAAGUAUUAAAAUGCGCGAAAAAGAGAGCUCAAAAAGUAAUACGACAGAUCCGUUUACCUAUCGCAGACCGUCUGUAAUUAUACCGAUUUGUAGUUAGAAAUAUGACGAAACACUACUUAUACAUUUACGUGCUAAAACGUGAAAAUAAAAGAGUAAACGGCAAUUUGCUACUAUUAAUUUGUGCAGUUAGUUGAUACAACCCGACAAAUCUGUUUAGGUAAGGAGAGAUUAAUAAAAAAGCUUGAGAUGUUGGCGUUAAAUUAUAUUUCUGUGGUUCGUUGCAAGUCAAUUCUCAGAAUCGCAGAGACUAACGCUGUUAAACCAUUAUUCAAUAUAGCCAUAAUAUGGUUCUUCUAAAUGAAGGCAACAUUGAGUAGCAAUCUUGAUGAACUCAACAAUACUUGCGUAACGUAAAGCAAUGCAUAAAAAUUAUAUAAGAAAUACAUAGAAUAUUUAAAUCUUUCAUACAUGGAUUCUUGAAUCAUUCGUAAUUAUUCGUACGCACAACAUGCGAGAAAUAUCCAAUGAGCGAUACUGCUUUUCCGUGAAACGAAUAUACGAAUAUAGUUACGAAGAAUUCGAAAAUCGAGUCCUCGAUCUUAUAGCUUCCGCCCGCGGAAUGCGGUGAUGCUUGCCGCGUGGCAAGAAACGAUGCGGCAGCCAGUAAACUUUUAGUUCUUGUGGAAGAAUGGCACGGUGAUUGGUAGCCGCGUCGCUUCUUGCCGCGCGGCGGAAUUUCGCGCGACAGCCAAUGAACAUGCCGUUUUUCGGUAAAAACUAGAAAUUUAUUGGCUAUCGCACCAACUUCCGCCGCGUGGCAAGCGCGUUCUGUAGGCAGAAGCCAUUACUUCUUAUAAAUAUAUUCCUACUGUCUAUUGUGAAUCACGUUAUAAAUACACUCCUACUACCUAUCGUAGAUCACGUUUCAUGUUGUAGGAAUACUCAGGUACGAUAUAUUCAGUCUGGAGAUUCUCGAAUAAUAAUUGACAGGUGGUUCUACAGACGAUUUUUUUAACCUAACCAAUUGGCGCGACACGUGCAACAACGCACGUCAGGAAUCAACAAAUUCUGCUUGACGUUUCAUCUCUAUUGAUAAAUUCAUCAUACAGAUGACAAAUUGGCAGCGCGAUGGAGUGUGGCAUAAUGGACCAUGGCGUGAUGGAUCACGGCGUGAUGGAUCACGGCGUGAUGAAUCACGGCAUGAUGGAUCACGGCGUGAUGGAUCGUCUCGCGAUGGAUCGUCAUGUAAGGAGUCGAAAGGAUGUAGAUGUUGCAAAAAUGACCAGUCAGUAAUGAUCAGCCAUUUGAAAAAUAAAGUGGAACAUUUAGAACGUGGAUUAGAUUGGUUACGUGAACAGAUAACAGAGAAGAGACACGAAGAUUCACAGCGUGAUGGGUCGACUCGUGACGAAUCACGGUGUAAGGAAUCAAGAUCUGUUACAGAUACAUAUUGCAAAAAUGAUCAAUUAAUGCAGUUGAAGAAUAAAGUGGAACACCUAGAGCGUAGACUAGAUUGGUUGCGUCAACAGAUAAUGGAGAAAAAUUAUGAGGAAUUAAAGCGAAAGAAGAUAUUGGACUACGAGAAACAACGUACGGAGACUAUGAAGAGUAGGUCCAGGCAAGCGCCUCCAUUUGAUAAUCUGAAUAAGAGUAGCUGUAAACCACCAUCUUAUCAUCAACAUACAGAAGGAAAAUGGAAACUGGAAACCAUGGACCGUUCUGAAUUUAUGAGUUCCCCUGAGCCUGAGGUCAUGUUCAAAAAAUUCGCUUAUGAUUCUUUGACUUUACUCGGAUUCCAAGUGCCGGACGAUUAGUACUACAGAAGUAUCUGGAAUUAAUGUUGAUAUUCAUAGGAAUAUCUCUGCACAAGAACCGAACAGUUACCGAAAUAGGGACUACGAUGG